GCGUGUUUGUUGAGGAACUGGUGAUACUAGUACGUGCGGUUUCUACACGGACAAACUCGACAACGCACCACCGGAAAUAUAAUGACUUAGCGUUUUCUUGUACACAACAGUUGGCGGAAAUUCUCUAAAGGAACCGCGCAUUAGUUUUACGUCAUGAAAAGACGUAAAAUGGCCGAAUCCAGAACUCUUUAACAACGACUUUCUACUUUCGAAGCUCUGAUCUUUCCUGUGAAAAAGUAGACCGACGAUUACUGUAACUGUCGACCAUGUUGUCUUUCUUGGGUUUGCGUAAAGACUCAAAGAAGCAAACGGAGAAGGAAGCUGAUGGCGGCUUUGUUAUCAUUGGAGAAACGGUGGAAGAGCAGAAGAGGAAGAUGCAGUCAAUGAAGAUCACACAACCUUCCACAAAUGUCAUCGUCCUGCCACCAAAGUCGUGUCCAGAUCACGUUUCUACGUCCACCGCCCCCCUGACACCUGCUGUGUCGUCUGUGGUGGAGGCCGCCUCACCUGUACCGGACCUCCUUGGAGACGUCCCCUUCACUUUGUCCCCAGGAGUCCAAGCCAUGCAGACGGCAUUGUCUUACAUUCCUGAUGUGCUGCUGUCCAAAGACAUGAACUCCAAACUGGCAUAUUUCCAUUAUGACUUCACUUUAGAAAAGGCAGUUCUUCAAAAUGCAUAAAUCUGACAUCAUUGGGUUGAUUAUCAUAUUUCGAUUGACAUUUUAUUGAUGCCGGACUCCCUUUUAUUGUUCACACCACAGGAAAUCAUAGUCCAUCUUGCAACAGUGUCAACUUCAGACGUGGUUAAUCUGCAUGUGCAAGAAACACUAAUAUUAUAUACAAAAAGACAUUCAGGCUCUACCUAAUCUAGUAUUCAUCUAUGCAUUACUGUACAUCAGAUGAAGUGACAGUCAAAUAGUCAACCAUGUCAUUGUCAUUACCUGCAGAUAAUAUACAAAAAAGUAUUUGAUCCCCUUACAAAAUAUGAACAGUGCAUCAUUUUUAUGAACAGAAAGACACCAUGCAAAUAAACACAUUAUAAAUGAUAUUUGUACUUUGGUCAAAAGAAUGUAGUAUUUAACAGACCUCUACUUUUAUGAUGACUCACUAUCAUAUGAACACACCGUGCCUUUACACCAGGAGUCACCAACCUUUUUGAAAGCAAGAGCUACUUCUUGGGUGCUGAUUAAUGCGAAGGGCUACCAGUUUGAUACACACUUAAAUAAAUUGCCAGAAAUAGCCAAUUUGCUCAAUUUACCUUUAACUCUAUGUUAUUAUUAAUAAUUAAUGAUAUUUACACUUAAUUGAACGUUUUAAAAGAGGAGAAAACACCAAAAAAAAUGACAAUUAAAUUUUGAAACAUAGUUUAUCUUCAAUUUCGACUCUUUAAAAUUCCAAAUUCAACCGAAAAAAAGAAGAGAAAACUAGCUCAUUCGAAUUUUUUUGGAAUAAAUUUAAAAAAGAAUUUAUGGAACAUCAUUAGUAAUUUUUCCUGAUUAAGAUUAAUUUUAGAAUUUUGAUGACAUGUUUUAAAUAGGUUGAAAUCCAAUCUGCACUUUGUUAGAAUAUAUAACAAAUUGGACCAAGCUAUAUUUCUAACAAAGACAAAUCAUUAUUUCUUCUAGAUUUUCCAGAACAAAAAUUUUAAAAGAAAUUCAAAAGAGUUUGAAAUAAGAUUUAAAUUUGAUUCUACAGAUUUUCUAGAUUUGCCAGAAUAAUUUUUUUGAAUUUUAAUCAUAAUAAGUUUGAAGAAAUAUUUCACAAAUAUUCUUUGUCGAAAAAACAGAAGCUAAA